AUGAUGAUGAACGGGUCGCGGCAUCUCUCUCUCUAUCUCUCUCCCCCUUCCCCAGGCAUUCGAUGCAUAUUAUACCUGGCUCGGCAAUCGGCCGGUUCAAACCUACUUUGGCUUUUUAGGCGUUUACGGGGCGGCAUUAUGGGUUCUGGACUGUAUUGUAAUUGUAUUUCUCAUUGCUGGUUCUUUUUGCUCCCAGACAUUGUUUUGGUUUUUGUGUCGUACGCUCGGGGCAAUGGGGGAAACAGGGCAACUGGCAGUGGGCAAGCCUCGUUUUCCCGGGGAAAUGUUCUCGUCAACACAUUGUCGUUUAGAUGA